AUGAAGCUCCUCUAUCCCACAUCACUAGCUCUCGAUAUCAAGAGCCUCGAGGGUUAUUCCGUCGCCCUACAGCCUUACGAUGUAACAAAGCCCAUCCCCGAAGCGCACACAGACGCCUCAAUACUCGUAACGUGGACCAACACAGCCGACAACCUCUCGGACGCCUCAAAGCGACUCAAGAACCUCAAGUGGAUACAGUCGCUGGCGGCGGGCCCCAAUGACGUGCUCAACGCCGGCUUCGACGCCUCCAAGAUCAAGAUCACAACGGGUUCGGGCUUACACGACCACACGGUCGCCGAGCACGCUUUGGGUCUGUUACUGAAUGCCGCGCGCCGCUUCUUCGAGAUGCGCGACUACCAGCUGCAGUCCAAGUGGCCGCAACACCUCGGCGGUCCCCAGCCCGACCGCCCCAAGGGGAAGUUCACAACCCUGCGCGACGCCAACGUGCUGAUCUGGGGCUACGGCAACAUCGCCAAGUCGCUGGCGCCGCACCUACAGGGACUGGGCGCCAAGGUGCGUGGUGUGGCGCGCAGCGCGGGCAUCCGGAACGGCGUCGAGGUAUACGGCGAGGACAAGCUGGCGGAGCUACUGGCGGAGACGGACGCGCUCGUCAUGAUUCUGCCCGGCUCCGAUAGCACCAAGCACGCACUCAACGCCGAGCGGCUGAAGCAGCUGCCUAACCACGCCUGGGUCGUCAACGUCGGCCGCGGCACAUCGAUAGACGAGGAGGCCCUGUUCCAGGCUGUGGACGCUGAGCAGAUCGGCGGCGCGGCUCUCGACGUGUUCGACAAGGAGCCCUUGCCCGAGGGCUCGAAGCUCUGGAGGGCCAAGAACACUAUUGUUAGCCCUCACGCGGCCGGAGGAAGGCCGCAGGGCGCAGAGAUAUUGAUUGCGGAGAACCUGAGAAAGUUUAUCGCUGGGCAGGAUUUGAAAAAUAUCGUUUAA